CAACGCAUAUCAGAGUCGGUGUUUGUGGGACUUUGUCGUAAAGUGGGGACCUCACAACUGGUGGCCUUGAGGAGAGAUGUGGUGGACAUCUGGGAGAUGGUGGAAAAUCAAGACUUAGUGUCAACAAGUGAUGAGAACAGAAUGAUGUUUAGUGGAAGUCGCAGAGAGGGAUUCAGACUGAAAGGAUCAGAUAUAGACAUGAUGUUCUGGCUAAAUGAUCAACGUGUGAUCUGGGACAUAUCGCAGUCUCAGUAUUACAACACACGCAGACAGACACUGAUCCUCUGUGACUGUUCUGAUAGUCCACCAGGAUUUACCUUGUUAUAUUUACUGUCACCAAGCAUGAACAGUGAUAUCCAGAGAUCUUGUGUUAGAAUGAAUAACAGACAUUAUAUAUCUAGUUCUAAAUACAGACAGAUCCUUAUUUCUGAAUCAUCACUACCUUAUAACUCCACUCCACAUGGACCCUGUGCCAGUGGAACAAUUGGAACACAAGAAUUUGAUAAUGCCCACUGUUUUGUUUGUGACUUUUGGCCUCCGCCUGCCUUUUCAUGGAUACACAGAUGUAACUUAUGGCCCCAGCUUCAUGUUGUUGAUGAUAUAGUGAAAAAUGGAUGUCACUUUGUAGCAAUUGGACAUAAGCUAGGAAAUCAUGAAGAUCAUGAAUGGAGAAUUUCUUUCUCCCGAGCAGAACAAAAACUUGUGUAUGCAAUGAAUCACUGUCAAUUCUUAACUUACGGCUUACUUAAAUUGAUCUUAACAGAAAUAAUUAACAAUGGAGUAGGAGAUGAUGAUAAAUUACUGUGUUCCUAUCACAUGAAGACAGCAGUUUUCUGGGUGAUUCAACAAAAUAUAAUACCUCACUGGUGUCCACAAAAUCUCCUGGGGGGUUUCUGGGUCUGUUUUAAACUCAUCCUCAAAUGGGUGUAUGAGGGAGUCUGUCCUAACUUUUUCAUUCCAGGCAACAACAUGUUUCUGGGUAAAAUUUGUGGAGUCAAACAACAUCAAUUAUUUAUAAGACUGUCAGAGUUGUAUGAGAAGGGUUUAGCAUUCCUGCUACACAGUCCCUCCAUUAGGUCUUAUAUUAUAGAUGUCCUACAUAACCCCAGAAACUCCAUCUGUACAGAUGAACAUGCUCUGAUUUCUGAGGUUGGGUUUGAUAGAAAUUUAUUUCUUGAAACACUACGUGAUAGACCACUGCAGAAAUUGGACAUACAAAACUGCAUUAGAUGUCUACAUACAAUAGAACAGAUGAUAGGUUCACCCCUCCUGACACGGUAUCAAGUCUUAACACUACAGAACAUUACCGCAAGUGUCCUUCAGAGCACUGCUUUUACAUUACACAUAGAAACUUACACACCUGACAACAAACUGAGUUACAGAGCUGACAUAAUCUCCUGUCACAUGUUGAAAUUAGCAGCCAAGUUUGGUUGUAUUACUGACAUACUGUACAUAGCCAUGUAUUAUUACAAGACACUUAGAUACGUGGAAGCUUUAUCUAUUAUAGAGAUGAUCAAGGUCAAGUUAGCACAGCCAUAUGUGAUGUAUAUAAAUUAUGUAGAUGCAGAGAUGUAUACUGAGGCUGUAGGGGGACAGUCCUGGUCUACAAAGAUGAGACAGGCUGUAGCAGGGGAAGUCACACUUAACCUUGAAAUCCCUUACAUCAGUGAAUUGAUACCUGAACAACAGUCUGCCCUACAGAACCACUGGCCUUGUUUAGUUGUACCACCCUUUAUACUAUUGUACAUGCUAGAGAUCUUGUGCUACAGACAUGUAGACACAAUGCGAGCACAAACAGCUCUAGAUGAUCUACAAAACCUAGUGCACUUUGAUCGAGGACAGUAUAUACCUUUACUCCUCAGAGACAUAUCGUGGCAGAUUCUGGGGAUCUGUCAACAGGUGACAGGGAACCUCCAGGCUGCUCUAUACUCAUACAGACAAUCUCUCAGACAAAAACCAUACAACAAAAUACAAACAGCUACAGAAAUGAGAAUACAGAGUUUGCCAAUGGAUUCCCUUCAUUAAUUUAAUGUCA